AUGAUAAGCAGAGGUAGCAGUCAGAGGAGUAGCAACAGUGGUAGUAGACCAUUUUCUAGCACCAACCCAUUUAGGGCUGCUGUUAUAGAUGCAAGUUUAGAACAAUAUAAGGAUGACCGCCAGUUUAUGGAUUGGACAAAGGCUAAUGGUGUCCAAUCCCCUCCUUAUAUUAAUAAUGGAAGAAAUGGAAGCUCAACUAGCUUUGUCGAUUCUAUCACUGACAAUAAUAAUUCUGCUGGGGGAAGAAUAUAUAACAGUGGUGAUAGAACCCCUUCUCCUACGGAAAAUAGACCUACUCAUACAGGUACCAAUCCAUUCUUAGACGAUGUUAGAAACGAAACUUCAAAUAGAGACAAUUCUCAUAGUCAAAGACAAACAAGUCCACCAGUAUACACAGACAAUAAAAAUUCUAGUAGAAAAUACCCAACUUCUAGUGAAGAAAAGGAAAGACUAAGACAAUCAUACAUGGAAAGUUCCGAUUCACAAAGCAGGAAUAACAACAAUAAUUCAGGAAGGGACGGUGAAAGAGAAAGAAGAGGUAAUGCUCCACCACCUGCCUACGAAGAUGUUGCAGCUGGUAAAAGCCGUUCUUCCUAUCCAAAGGAGAAACAUACUCAUCGUAGUAGUAGUAGUGGUGAGAAAGAAGGUGGUGAACAUAGACAUCAUCACAGUUCAAGACAUUCAUCCAAGAGCAAGAGGAAGAGUCAACUGAUUAUGCCAAAGAACGUUGAUUCAAUUGAUAAAUUAGAUGUCACAGGUUUAUUUGGUGGUUCCUUUCACCACGAUGGUCCAUUCGAUGCAGUGACUCCUCAUAGAAAUAAAAAUGUUAAAGCGGCCCCAGUGUUGGCUUUCCCUGCUGAUGGUCCAAAUAGUACUAUCGGUGGUGCUACUUCGAGAACCUCUACAUUAAAUGAAGUUUUUGGUAGAGAUCAAUAUGCAGACGAGAACGAUUUGUAUAGAACAAGAGUAGUCGACGAUUCAAGUAGGAAGAAGGGCUAUAGAAAUACUAUCUAUAUGGGUGCUGUAGGAAGUAGCACGAGUAGUACAAAUACAAUGGACGCUAUCAAACAAUAUUCGAAUAAUGUUACCCAAUUUGAUGCCAAGGCUAAAACUGAAUUAGUAUCUGGUCCUACAACUGCAGGUUUAGGGUCAACAACAUUUUUGGAUGGUGCUCCUGCAUCUGCCAAUGCAAUUAGAGAAGAUAUUAGAAAUCACGCCCAUAAGACUCGUUUGAAUAACGGUAUACAAAGAAAGAAAUCAUUAUCACAAAGGCUAACUCUAGGUAUGGCUAGUGGAAAUGACCAUAAUGAAGGACCAAACUUAAGAAGAGGUAAAUCCGAUGGUGGUAAUUAUCGUAAUAUGGCACACAAUUCUUUCAAUGAUGACGAUGAUGAGGACGAUGAUGUUUACAUCGGUGGAAAUGAUAAUUCUAUCCGCUUUGAUUCGAAUGCUAAGAAGGAAUCCACUGGUAAUAAACUUUUAAGGAGAGUAAAAAGUUUAAAAGUUAAUAGAAAAUGA